CCCGCUGCAGCCGGCGUGCGCGGACUGUUUGCUGCUUUGGUGAACCCCUCCUCACCUCUAGCUUCACUCUCCAACAUGAAGGCGCUGAGCCCGGUGCGCGGCUGCUACGAGGCGGUGUGCUGUCUGUCGGAACGCAGCCUGGCCAUCGCGCGGGGCCGCGGCAAGACCCCGGCGGCCGAGGAGCCGCUUAGCCUCCUGGACGACAUGAACCACUGCUACUCGCGCCUGCGGGAACUGGUGCCGGGAGUCCCGCGAGGCACCCAGCUUAGCCAGGUGGAAAUCCUGCAGCGUGUCAUAGACUACAUCCUCGACCUGCAGGUGGUCCUGGCAGAGCCGGCGCCUGGACCCCCGGACGGUCCGCAUCUCCCGAUCCAGACCUCUGAGCUCACUCCGGAACUUGUGAUCUCCAACGACAACAGGAGCUUUUGCCACUGACCCGGCGGUCCUGUCACCUCCCGAAUGCAGGUGCUGGCGCCCGUUCCGCUUGGGACCCUGGGACUCUGGGACCCUCUCUCCGGCCGGAAGCCCGAGGGCAUGGAUGAGCCUCGAUCUCGCCCAGCCUUCUUCACUUCCCCUAAACCCCUGCCUCGAGGCUGGACCGGGAGCCCGAGAGCGAAGGACUGAACUUGGGUGGCCUGAAGAGCUAGCGCUGGUCAGCAGCUGGGCAACGUCACCCUGUCCCCACCCUGACUCCGAAGUCUUAAAAGACUGGCUUUUCCGAGAAUGGGGGUGUUGAGAAGGGGGGCAAGUGGCCGCCCUGCGACUGCCAAGGCAGCCUAAGAGCUGGUUUUCUGACCUUGGAGAAUGGCUCUGCUGCCCUGAUUAUGAACUCUAUAAUAGAGUAUAUAGCUUUUGUACCUUUUUUUACAGGAAGGUGACUUUCUGUAAUCAUGUGAUGUGUAUUAAACUUUUUAUAAAAGUUAACAUUUUGCAUAAUAAACAAUUUUUGAACACUUUGUGUAUGA